AUGUCAGAGCACCACUGCCCGAGUGAAGCAUCACGCUCCUCACCCGGAUCCCACCCACCACUGCACCGAAUCUAUGAGCUCGCCAAUCCCAGCUCCCUCAGCUCAACCUCUGCUAGUCGUCUCACCGUCCUCUUUCGUCUCGCGUCGCCCACAAUACUCGUCACGCUACGCCAAGCCAAGCCUCCGCAAUCGAGCGUCACCAGCGCUGCAAGAUUGUUUUUCACUUUCACUUCACGUCCCCACCAUGGCGGGGUAUCAGCUCCGCUUUGCCCUCGCGUCCUGGUCACGGCAACUUGCACGUCGCGCUCGUUUCGCCCGCCUCAACUUCCGCACCGUCGACCCUCUCCAGUAUCGCGACGUGAUCGCUUGAUGCAGUCGCCGUGCCAGCACGGUUGCCAGGCUUCUGUUGAUUUCUCCGCCAGUAUGUGGGCUUGGCCUCACGAGUACGACACCAUGGCAUUUGCCGCGCAUACUCCAGGCCAAUUGCACCCACAAGACGUCCCCGAGACUCUGGACGGUUCCUUGAAAAGCAUUAUCGAUACCGGCGAUCGUGAUACGGGUUGUGAGGGCUGCAGACGUCUUUCGGACGGAGAGACCAGGCUGUAUUCUCGGGACAAGCAAGGAACCUUGAUGAAGGUAAACUUGCGCUGCUUAGCGUGUGCUGCAACGAGCAUGGAGCAGCGGAUUGUGGGAGAAGCGGCGGCGGAGUCGGAGGUGCCUGAGAAACCAUCUCGACACGUGAAUUGUGCAGACAACAAGACGAGCUCUUUCAGCGUGAGCGCAAACGAGCAACUCAAGCCCUCUUUAGGCGAAGACAGCCGUACUUACGGAGAUGCAAGGCAAGACAGUCCACCUGAUUUGACGACGACGUCGUUCCAACCCCCAACAAUUGGCGGUUGUUCCCCACCGCCGUCAACGCCGCGCAACAUCCCGGACUUCAACACUCGUCAGCUCCGCCCGCUUAGAAUGGCAGGCCCCUACCCAUGUAGUGACCCAGUGCUGUCGACGGAACCAUUGCAACAGACGAUCGUUGGUCGAUCUAGGAUGAGCAAUAGGGCUAUGCCGACAACAACAUCUUUAUCACAACCUAUUACCGAGUCAUCUCGACCACUGACGGCGCCGCGCAAUGUGGUGAAGUCCAACACUCGCUCUCCACGACCGAUGCAAAUGACCGGCGCUUACCCCCGCAUGCUCAACCGACAACCCCGUUUUGAGAAGAGACAUCAUGGCGGGCGAAGCCUGAAUGAUGCUCAAGUGCAUACCCUUGACGGCCGUGGUUUUGAUGGGACUCAGUCUCACACACGACCGCGCUGGUAUGAGCAGCCAGCCAGAAUUGCAGACCUCCACAAGCAAGACCACCCCCGCUUUUGCACCAUGCGUAAGUACUGUCAAGACAAAUCCUGA